UUCGACGUGUGAUGGCGCGCAAGAAAUGCAGACAGAUGUCCAUGAGUAUCAACGUGCGAGAAGGUAAAUAAUUGGAGUCAAAUUUCGCUGAAUGCUUAUAAGGAAAACGUUACGUUCCAAAUACCCGAAAAAUGUCGGCGCGCGGAAAGAAGAACAAAAACAAGAGCAAAUUAUUGGAAAAAAGACCGCGACAUGUUCUUUGCAAGGAGCAAAGAUACUCGCAAGAGAUGGACAGAGGAUCUGACAAGGAUGAUGAAGCAGAAUCAGCAAACGAAUGGGUAAUUCCGUUUCCGGUGGCUAUGUGGGACAUGGAGCACUGCGACCCAAAAAAGUGCAGUGGCAGAAAACUGGCAAGGCAUGGCUUGAUAAAAGUACUGCGACUAGGUGCUCGAUUUCCAGGCUUGUGUCUCACUCCGAUUGGCAAGAAGUGUGUGAAUCCAACUGAUCGCGAAAUUGUACAAGAAUACGGUUGCGCGGUUGUGGAUUGCAGUUGGGCACGCCUGGACGAUACUCCGUUCAAUAGAAUGAAGACGCCCCAUCCUCGUCUCCUACCAUUUUUCGUCGCUGCUAAUCCAAUAAAUUAUGGGAAACCUUGCGAAUUGAGUUGCGUCGAAGCUAUAGCAGCUACUUUAUUCAUAACUGGUUAUCCUGACGAGGCCAAACUCUAUCUCGGGAAGUUUUCUUGGGGACACUCGUUCUUGGAAUUAAACAGUGAAUUAUUGGAAAGCUAUGCUCUUUGCGCAAAUAGCGAAGAAGUGAUUACAGUACAAGAAAAGUUUCUAGAGAAAGCCAGACAAGAAAGACUGGAUAGGCUUGCGCUUCCUGAUUUUCCACAAAGUGAUACGGAUUCUGAAGAGCGGGAAGAAGACAAGGACGAGGCUACAAAAGUAACUAAAGAUAUAGCUGAUAUAAAGAUAUAAGAUGCAAUUAUUAAUUAGAGAUAUCUUAUACAAAGUCAAGUAGUACAAAAAUUUGUACAUAUGCAAACCUGUAUAUUUGGAAUAAUAUUUUGUUGAAUUAUUUAA